AUGGCUUCAUUACAAGCAUCAGCCGACGCCGUCAAGGCAGCCGUAUCAUCGACCACGACGUGCACGCCAGCGACUGUUGUAACACUUAAAGAGCUACUUCUCCUCGGAACAGAGUCAUCUGCGCAGCUUACAAAGUCGGCAUCUGGAACAGAAAGGACAGCUACCACGGCAAAAUCAUCAAAAGUCAGCACGGUGUCGAGGAGGAAACCUCCGGCCGCGCAGUCACGCCACGAACAACUCAAUUCGAGAGACCGGACCAUCCUAGCUACGCAUGUCGUCAAUGCAGCGUUAAAGGCACUCGCCGAAGCCGCGAGACCUGCGCCCCCACCAACGCCCUGCAAACAGGUUGAGAAUGGUCCUCGGACAGCUUCUAAACGAACCCUGCGGCGCUCACUAUCGGCACCAUUGUCGCCGAUGCAGCCAAGAACCCUCAAUCGCGUGGCCACCUCACCAAACAUCCCAACUGCCAAGGCCAAAGCUGGGGUUUCUGCUCACCCUACAGGAUGCUUGGCCAUUGUCGAGUGCGCGCGAGUGGCCUUUGCUUCCCUUCGGUUAUUGAAACCCUCCACGCAGGAACCUCAAUACGAUUUCCAGGUCGAAAAUGGCAUGUCUGCGUUUAUAGGCAAGCUCCUGGCCUUGAAAAUGCACGACCAGGCUUUGAAAGAGAUGAGAAUUCUCAAAUCUCGAUUGGAUCCUGCCACUGCUACCGAAAGCUCGAAACACCCCAAAUCAACGCCCGUCGAGAAUAAGGCUUCUGCCGCGGGAAUCGCCGAGCUGCUCGAGUUUCGAACAAGAGCAUCGCUUUCGGCGCUUCCGAUCAUUGCCUCGUUUCAGAUCCAGAUUCUCAAACUCAUUGGCGCCACGAAAAAACCUGCUCAUAUUGAGGCUCUACUCCCCAUGUUGCUGGAAACGAACACAUCGUGCCCCGUCAAUCUUCUGUCAAAGCUGGCGGAGGCUGGGGAGAAGCAGACCCAAAAGGCUGCCCGGCAAAUGGCCUCACUUUCACAGACUCUGCUCUCAAUGCUGCCAAGUGUGUCCAGUCAGGAGGAUGAGGUGGCAGUUGAGCCUCGGUUAAGUCCCAGUCCGCAGAGCGUCUUUGAGCUCCAAGCCUUGGCAUUUAGGACGCAAUUGAGGUGGUGGAAGUUGGCCGGACAUCAAGGUAGCAUUGACGAUGAAGUCUUGGCCCCCUUCAGCCGCUGCAUGCGAGCUCUGGCCAGACGCAAUGCUCCCGACGACAAACUUUUGUAUCAAUCCCUCGUGGCAGCCUACGAGGAACUCAUGCAGCUUGUCCGGUCUCACCAGCUGGAUCCGUCUACGUCUUCCAGGUCGCCAUUGUCAUCUAUUUAUCAAGUUCUUGGAUGUGCAGCUCAUGCAGCGCGACAAUACGACGAUGCGUGCCGUUGGUUUGAAAGGCUCAAAUCCACCUUGGGCUCGGGCUCAGACUCUGCCGUGGCGUUGUGCUCUGUGUCCGCACGCAUGCUUGCUGCCGCCUUGAAAAAGCCAGAGUUGGAUUCCGACAUUGAAAAGGCCACGCGAGAAGUUAUUGACAGCCUGGAUGGUAGUCUCAGUGGCACUCUCACGGAGCUCAAUGAGCUGCUUGAAAGCCUCUCGGCUACGAGGCGAUCGGUCGUGGGCUUGCUGAUGAAGGAGUUGGAUCCCAAGGUAGUCUCCGACCCCAUGCCCGAGACGACGAGCACCCUGCUGAAGACGUUUGUCCUGCGGUACCCGCGGUUCCUGCGACGAUGGAUGGGUGCUGCCCCCGGAAGGGAUGCUCCCGCGAAGCAGACGCUGCAAUUUGAGCAACGGAGACGGGCUGUUCUGCAAUCAAUAAAUCAGACUCUGGACGCAACCCUGAUGGUCGUGAGGUGCGAGAUCCAAUCUGGUGCUCUCGAGUGGCAUCAGAUCGACGAUGUCCUUCAGCAUUGCUCCGGACUGCUCGACUCCCUUUGCGAUCCCCUCCUUUCCCCCGGGAGAGCCGAGCAGCUUGGGGGCUACCACGUCAAGAUAUCUACUCUUUAUUUUUCCAAGUUUACGGAGCUGCGAAAGAUGAAGAAUCGAACCAAGGACCUCGGCAAACAGCUUUUACAGUCUCUAAGCCGAUCGAUCGACGCGGUCAAGGAGCGAUCCCCCGCCCAAAAAGAAAAGGCCCAGUUGUCGAUGAAGCUGGAGCUUUUUGCCGACUUGUGCAAGGGGUCUGGCCGGAGCGAGGACGCCGUGGCAACUCUUCGAUCCAUCUGCACUGCCAUGGUGGAGGAUGGCGUCCUCUCUGAUGUUGCUGCCGCUCUGGCAUCUUUGCCGCCGACUGUUGCCUGGGCCGCCACGGAUAAGGCCUCCUCCCUGUCCCGAACCUUGCGCUCAAUAGCCAAGCUGGAUAAAUCCUGGAACGACUGGACCUUUUUUCUUCCCGAAGCUGAGCGAGCGGCCGUGCUUGAGCAUCUCAUGCAUCUAAGCACAGACUCAGCCGGCCACGGACUGCCCCUUGGCCUCCACGACGCCAGCCCGACGGCCCUGCUCCGAAUCUAUUCUUUGGAUAAGUAUCCCAUUCGGCGAUUCCGAGUUUUGCUUCACUUGCUUCAUCAAAAUAUCGGAGAAGACGAGGAAUUGGCAGAAAUCAAAUCGAGCCUUGAUCAGGUUUCUCGGCACCUCCAGAAGAAGGACAAGGGAGAAGAUGGCUCCCUCACACAGUUUAUCCCACACCUCCAAGCAUACCAUUCUUCCUUGGCCGCUCUAGCCGACAGUGAUGACGGGCUCCCAGUUUCAGUGAUCAAGGACAGCAUCGCCUGCUGGAGGGCCAUCCUUGGCUCAUAUGGGUCAAAGGACGAUCUACACACCAAGAUUGACAACCCACAGAUGCUGAUUGACUUCUUGCAGACCCUCAACCAUCUGGCGGAUCUGCGGGGCGAGACGGAGCUUCAAAUUUCCAUCUCGGAACUUUCCAUCGCAAUGACCGAGGCCGUAGGCGAGUACUCUGGCUCAUUCCAUGAGGGUCUGAUCCUUCACAACAGCCGCCUUGCCACCCAGUAUCUCGGCGUCGGCAAGUUCGCCCAGGCAUCUGGGGCACUCGACAUCUCCAAAGAGCUCCUCGAGCACAACGAAGGGGUGUCACAGAGGGUUGUCGCCGACUUUUACUUGUCACAAGCCGAGUACUACGCCGGCGUUGGAAACCUGGAUGAAGCGUCGGUUUGUGUCGACAAGGCCAACGACAUUUGUUGUCAGUCGCACUCGCUGUGGGCACAGUCCAAGUACCAAGCCAACCUGAUGCUUUCCUUGUCGGCCCUCAUUCGGUCUACAGUCUCACUGCAAACCGGCAACAUCGAAGACGCUCUGUCAUCGAUCCGGACCGGUGUUCGUGUCUUGUCUCACGACUGGGCCAAGCUCGAAGCAACAUCGUCGACGCCCGACGCAAACACGCCCGAAGGCAGCCUCACCGGCCUUGACCUAAGACCAUCCAAGGCCAAAAGGACCGGCCCUCGGUUUUGGGGACUCGCGGCACCGCUGCUCCGCUGCCUCUUACAUAUAUCAUCUGUGUAUUCGCACAUUGGAAUGUUUCAAGAGACCAUUUACUAUGCCGAGUCCGCGUGGAAAAUCGCGCAGAGCACACAGUCCUCUCUUUACUACGCACAAGUCGCUGCGUGGACCGGGUCUGUGUACCUCAAGGCAGGAAACAUGGCAAAGGCCAUCGACACGUUGGCGGACGCAAAGCUUCGUAUUCCCAGCAGCAUCUGCUCCUCGCGGGUGCACUUUGCUCGAAAGCUUGGCGAGCUGUACUCUGAAAUAGGCGACGACGACAAAGCGAACGAAUAUCUGACAAUCGCGGAAGAGACUCUCCGAUGGAUGGAUCAUGCUGCUCCUGGUGAUCUCGGCCGUUGUGACAAGCCGACAGAACCGGCAGCAAUGGCAAAGUCAACCGCUUCGAAAACCACACGAAUCAGACGGCCCGCCAGGGGCAAGCCUGAAUGCGUGACGCGACCUCUUGGGCGGCCCGCGAGAGCAAAGGCCCAGGCAGUGAGAAGCGAGGCAGCAGCUCAGCUCCCCAAAGACGUCUACCAGUCGUCGCUGCUCGCCGCUGUUCUUCUUUCCAGGGCAGUCGGAUACAUACGGAAGAAGGAUUGGUCCUCGGCCUUGUCGGCCUUGGGCCAGGCAAAGGAGCUGCCCAAGCUACUCGAGACUCUGUCCCUGGAACAGGUCGUCACCGCAACCUCCCUCAUCGGCCACAGCAUGGAGCAGAUGAUUUCGGACCCCGUCUUUUCCGUGAUGCAGGACUCUACAAUUUCAUUCCCCGCGAUAGCCAGCAGCGCAGCGAGGGCCUCCACGGACAAGAGCAGCCUGGUCGCGUCGCCUCCCCGGCGCGGCCGCGCCGCCGCCGGUGACAGGAAGACAGCCAAGGACAAGGCUGGUCCGGCGUUUGCGGACGCGCUCCGACGGGCUCAAGACAUAUUGAUGGAAGCACACGGAUCUGCCUUGUCGACAUAUGACAGCAGCAUGGUGCACCGGCUUUCGGCGUUGCUACAAAACACCAUUAUCCUGCUCUCUGCGACAAGUGCCCCCAAGACGAGGCCAAUCCUGUCGUGCGGCCUCGCGACAGUGGCAGUGGACUUGGGCCGCAACAUCACAUGGGCACGGGAGCAAGCCACCCUGGCAGCCUCGCCGCGGCCCUCUGUCCCCGGCGAUUCGCCAAGCUCGCCUCGCAGAGCUGUCGUGGGCCUCAGCCCGAGUAUGGCUGCGUUUCAAAGGGAUUACGUGGACUCGUUGCCCGACGGCUGGAACGUCAUCUCUCUCUCCCUGAGCGAUGGUCGCCACGAUCUCUGCAUCACCAAGUUGCAAGCCGGACACAGUCCCUUCAUCUUGCGCUUGCCCCUGGAGAGGGCCCACUCCCGCGAUGCCGACGCCGAAGUGUUCAAUUUCGAACACGGACGCGAGGAGCUCGUCGACAUCGUCAAACUUGCCAACGAGACCAGCCACUCCGCGCGUGACUUCUCGGCAAAGGGCGAGCGAAGCGCCUGGUGGGCCGGGCGCCAAGAGCUGGACACCCGACUGAAGCAUCUCUUGUCGACGGUCGAGUCGACCUGGCUGGGCGGGUUCAAGGGCAUCUUCUCCCAGCACCGGAGGAGGGCGGAUCUGUCAGCCCGCUUCCACGAGCGGUUUCAGCAAAUCCUCGACGGCAGCCUGCCGUCCCGAAGCCGGAUGCGCGGCAAGAAGACGCCCAAGGCGCCGUCUGUCAACCUCGAUCCGAGGAUUCUCGACCUGUUUAUCGGCCUCGGCGACCCGACUGGUCCGGAGUGCGACCUCGACGAGGCCUUGAACGACUUGCUCUAUUUCGUGGUGGACAUUCUGCAGUUUCACGGGGAGAGAAACGCGUACGACGAGAUCGACUUCGAUGCCAUGGUUGUCGAGACGUGCGACGCCCUCGGGGGGUACUACUCGGCCCUGAACUCGGGCCCGGAGCGGCAGGAUGGUUCUCACACGAUCCUCGUCCUGGACAAGGCCCUCCACGCCUUCCCGUGGGAGUCGCUGCCGUGCAUGGAGGGCCUGGCGCUUUCCCGGGUCCCGUCGCUUGCCUGUCUGCGACGGCUCAUUGCCGAGUCCGACAGGCAGAGGUGUCGGUCCGGACUCCCCGAGGGGCACCGCGUUUCUCCCAAGGCCGGGACCUAUAUCCUCAACCCGUCGUCCGACCUGAAGAACACGCAGGCCUUCUUCCAGCCUGCCUUUGAGACGCUCGAGAGCUGGGAUGCCAUUGUCAACAAGAGCCCGCAAGAGUCCGAGUUCCAAGAUGCCCUGUCCGAGUCGGAUAUUAUGCUCUACUUUGGUCACGGCAGCGGCGCGCAAUACAUUCGCGGCAAGACGGUGCGGCGGCUGGACAAGUGCCGGGCAACUACCUUUCUCAUGGGCUGCAGCUCAGCGGCACUCACAGAGGCCGGGGGGUUUGAGUGCUACGGCCCUGUCUGGAACUACAUGAUGGCAGGGUGUCCCGCCGUGGUGGGCACGCUUUGGGACGUGACGGACGGCGAUAUCGACCGCUUUGCGGGCCGGGCGUUUGAAGAAUGGGGCCUGUUUGCUCAUGGCACAUUUGAAAAGGGCGGUGGCAACAAGGGCAGAUGCAAGAAACACGUCGUCGACGACGUUGGCGCCGACGGCGGUCGCGAUUGCAUCAACCAGGAAACACGGUCGCAUACGAGGUCGCUGCCCGAAGCUGUGGCUAGAGCUCGAGGCGCCUGCAAGUUCAAAUACCUGAACGCGGCCGCGGUUGUCGUUUACGGUAUCCCUGUGUACAUCAGUCGUGAAGGUUGA